CCCCUGCGAGGGUACACGACUGUGUGAAGGGGAGGGAGGCUGAAUCCUCCCUACUGGCCCAGCCUGAUCCCUCCAGGUGUUAGUUGCUGUUCUCUGACUCUUCUUUGUUGCCCACCCCGUGUGGCAUUUGAGGAGCUGGUUCCGGCUAGGUUACUCUCCUAAUGUCCCUGACAUAGCUGUAGCACUUGGCUGAUACCACCCAAUUUGCAUUUCUCUAUUCCAAACCCACUGGAUUUCACAGCCCAGUGUGCCUUGUCCUGCACCAUUCUCUGACCCAGACCCCUGUAGAAUGUAUAUCAGGAUAUCUCACCCACUCCUUGGGUCAAAGAGGAAGGAGGGGUUCUGACCUCAGCCUCAACUGCUUCCAGCUAGACAUAGUAUGGCAUAUAUAAGGGAGGUGGGGCACCCAGCCACACCCAGCCAGCAGUUAAACUCUGAACCUGGAAAACUUUCAACUGCCUUGUAACUUCCGGAACCACAUCAGCCAGGAAUCCUGCAGAGAUCUGACCGGAGGGGAUUCCUACAACCUUUACAUCUGGCACAAUGCCCAGCACAUUUGAGGAAAUCACGACAGUUGUGAUCCAACAGCUGGACUCUGGAGGGGAUAUGAUCGCUGUCAGAAGUGUCAUUGAUGCAGACAGAUUCCAGUGCUUCUGUCUGGUGAGGGAGAAGAGAAGUUUCUUUGGAACCCAGUAUUGCAAAACAGACCUCACCCUGAAGGACAUCCUGGAGAGUGAGGAGAAUAAAAGGCUGACUGAUGAGCUGGACUCUAAAUCCCCAGGUCAAAGGGCUGAGUUCCAAGUUGUGGACCAUGUGGACUCAAAGGCAGAGUUAACAGUGAAAUUACCCAGAGAUACAACAAUCAAAGGGAUGGCUGGGAAGUGCCAGGGGACCCAGGAGGAGGGUAUCAAGACACUGGUGAACCGGAUUGACCAGGAAUGUCUGCUUUCCCUCGAGAACAGGAAGCUGAAGAGUAAACUACUACCUUCAUUCCAAUCAAUUCAAGCAAAGAAAAAAGACCUGUAUCUGGUGACAGAAACUCUGGAGACGAAAAAUGAGGAGACCUUGAGGAGCAAUCAAAAAUAUAAAUUUUUGGCUCCUUUCUCCCAGCACAAAAGGGAAGUGACCAUCCCUGUGAAGUGGGUCCUGGGAUAUUGAAUAAAGCAGCUCGUUUUCCCCAACAAGGAGACGAUGAGGAAGUACUUGAAUUUGGGGGAUGUCAGAAGCAUGAAGGAGACAGUGCAGGACAUGGAGAGAAGCCUCCAAGAUCUGACUGAAGAGGAGCGAAAAGAUGUGCUAGGCUGCCGCACUAUGUUCCUCAGCAAGGACGGGCAACUGCAGGACCAAGUGUCUGAGGUCCUGAGCUCUGGUGAGCUGCAGACAGAGGGCUCUACCAGUCCUCUCUUGUGCAGCCUUUUUAAUGCUGCUGGGAUCUUGGUAGAAGCACGUGCAGAAGCCAUUCUGGUCCUCCUGGAUGCCUUGCUAGUGCUGUCUGAAGAGGAGCGGCAGCUUGUGGCUGAAGCCCUGGAGAAGGAGAUUCUGCCCCAGGUGCUGGAUCAGGUGGAGACUAUCCUGGCGCAAAACUGGGGUGGGCAGCUCGGCACUCCCGAUGACAUGGACCAUGACCCUGGGCAAUGAUCAAUCUGUGCCCACUAUGUUGUGGUUUCCAUCCUGCUGCAGCUGGCCAAGGGGCCUACCUCUGCCCCUUCCUAACUCCGCAAGCCCUUUAACCAUUCUCCCCACCGGCCUCCAGGUUGUCCCCUCCCCAGUCCAUCUUCACCACCACCUCCCCUGUCACCAGCCUAGUCUCUUUAAAACAAGCAUCUGGCCAUGCUUUGAUAUAUCCAUUCCCUACAUACUAUGUCCAAAAUCAGCUUGAAUUUAUGCAUGGAUUUCUGAUUAAUAGUGGCAGAUUGAUCAUAUUAAUUUACUCUUCCUUUUGACAUUCGCUAGAUAGUAAAGCGAUAGAAAAGGCAUAGACCCACAAGGAUUAAAAAAAACUUAAGCCAUUAUAUAAAGAGACUUUUUUGGAAGCUAGAAAUCAAAGGAGUGUAAUAUACUCAAAAGGAGUGUAAGCUGGGAC